ACUCCUGAGGAAGGACUCCUCCUAUCAGUGACAGCGGAUGGGACACGGUUGAAGAUACUCGGCAGGAAGUACUCUGGGACCCCUCUGUUACCCCCAUUGGAUCAGUUUGGAUUGGAGCGCUGAUGAAGAUGAAGAUUCACCUCUUUGUUGGGACUGUAUUGACCUUCAUUCUACACAUAAGGAUAUGCCAAAGCAUCAAAUGGCUAGCGUUAUCAAAGACUUCAGCGUCCCUUGCCCUAAACCAGACCCAGCACUGCAAGCAGCUGGAUGGCCUGGUCUCCUCGCAGAUGCAGCUAUGCCGGAGUAACCUAGAGCUGAUGCAGACCAUCGUCUUGGCAGCUAAAGAGGUGAAGAAAACAUGCAUUAAAGCUUUCUCCGAUAUGAGGUGGAACUGCUCGUCCAUCGAGCUGGCACCAAACUUCAACCAGGAUUUGGAGAGAGGGACACGAGAAUCAGCUUUUGUGUACGCUCUUUCUGCGGCCACCAUCAGCCAUACGAUUGCCAGGGCCUGUACCUCUGGUGACAUUCCGGGGUGUUCUUGUGGUCCUAUCCCUGGAGAGGUACCAGCCCCCGGGUAUCGGUGGGGAGGAUGUGCCGACAACCUCAAUUACGGCCUUAUGAUGGGGUCUAAGUUCUCAGAUGCCCCUAUGAAGAUGAAGAAGUCAGGCUCUCAAGCCAAUAAGCUCAUGCACCUACACAACAGUGAAGUGGGAAGACAGGUGCUGAAAGGUUCCCUGGAGAUGAAAUGCAAAUGUCAUGGUGUUUCGGGUUCCUGCUCCAUUAAGACUUGCUGGAGAGGUCUUCAAGAACUUCGAGAGAUUGCUCUGGAACUUAAAACCAAAUAUCUGUCAGCCACCAAGGUGGUUCAUCGGCCCAUGGGUACGCGGAAACAGCUGGUUCCAAAGGAUCUAGACAUCAGGCCCGUGCAGGAAACAGAACUGAUUUACCUCCAAGGCUCACCAGACUUUUGUUUGAAAAAUGAAAAGUUGGGUUCACACGGGACACAAGACCGACAAUGCAAUAAAACAUCCAAUGGAAGCGACAGUUGUGACUUAAUGUGCUGCGGAAGGGGCUACAACCCGUACAUGGACAAAGUGGUGGAGAGGUGCCAUUGUAAAUACCACUGGUGUUGCUACGUGACCUGCAAAAAAUGCGAGAGGACUGUGGAGCGAUACGUUUGCAAAUGAGAAGCAAUU